AUGAGGUUCGCUCCAUGGAUGACAUCGUGCCCAUCCGACAACGACCAUCGGACCCAUCACACCCUUGGGAAAUUCUGGGUUGCCAUCGCACCGCGGCCACGACCCACAGGAACGUCAGGAUGCGUGACCCAUAAAUUUGUAUCCAUCCUAAUAGUAACGAUAUUCAAAUCUCGCAUAGCCCAGUUCUUUCUUCUCCCGUUUCCGCAACUGAAAUCGUUGGCUUCGAGAACGACAUGGGCGUGGGUGUGGGACUGGGUUGGUAGAGGGUUGAGAUGGAAGAAGAGGAGAGGAUAUGGACAGGAGGUGUAUGAGACGCCAGAAAAAGAGCAAGAGUACUGGGAUUCGGCGAGGGGGUACAGAAGGCAGUUGCAGAAAAGCGAUGCAAGGUUCCAACACAUCGACAGGUGUGUUGAUAUGGGAAGAGGUGGAGGUUGGAUGAAACCGAGCAACGAGGUUUACGAUGAUAUUGAGGCGACGAUCCCGGUCAUCACCGCGUACCAACCAGCGUUACCCCCUACGCGUUUCUCCAAGCAAGGGAAAGGGAAAAGGGACUCCCUUGACGAAGGAACCGAAUACGUUCUUCCCUCGAAAACGUUCUGUAAAUGGCAUAGGAUGGUAUAUCCUCCCAGUUCCCAGCAGCUUACGUUGUCACAAGCAUCCAAAUUGAGAUAUUUCUAUUCUAACCGUGAUAGACGGGAGAUGCGUCGCAUUACACGAUUACUCCCGAACAGAGUCGUCUUCGAUCCGAGGUGGAAAUGGACGACUGAAUACCGAGAUAUGUGGAUGAGGUGGUUGGAGGGGAAAGGUCAUGAUAUCUGCAUUGUAUUUCAAGAUGACGAGAGCCAGAAUCAGAGUGUGAGGUUUGACCUUGCGAACAUGAACAUACCUGAGCUGUUCCUCCUCCCAAAAGCAGCUUCCGAGCAUGCCGAAUGA